AGUUAUACAUCAAGGCGUUAUUUCUUUGUAAAGUAUUUAGAUGUGUCGCACACAGAUCAGUUAUUAUGAUUAUUGACUAAUUACGUUAAGUGGAACUCAUGUUUUUCAAAGUUGAUUGGAUAAUUGGGUACUUAAUUGUUCUAAUAAUCAUUGCAGGUUUAUACAUAUUAGUGCAAGGAACAUAUUCUCAUUUGCACACCUUGCUGUCAUCUUCCCCAAAAAUGUCAUCAUCAUCAUCAUCAACAUCAAUGUCUUCCUCUUUUGCUAAACAUACCUCAAGUCAAGCUCUGUGCUUCUGUGAGGUCAAACCCACAUUGAAGUACUCAACUACGGCAAAAAAUCCUGGACGAGCCUUCUUAGGGUGUCCAAACUAUAACACAGAGGGAUUACCAUUCUGCAAGUACUUCAAAUGGGCAGAUAGUAAUCAAGUAAUUGAGCUCCAAAUCCGAGAAAGAAUUGAUGAGCUGCUACGGAAGGAGAGAGAUCUCGAGAAGAUAGUCAAGCUGCUAGAAAAGAGGGAAAUUGACCUUCGCAAGAUAGUGGAUCAGCUCGAGACGGAGUUGGUGCGUCAUGCACAACGUUCUCAAAGGAAGUGUUUAGUGUCACGGUUCUUGGGGAUGUAUUGGGCUGCUGCAUUAGUACUCUGUUUUCUUUUUGGACGUUGGCUUCUGUUUUGA